GACGGCGUUCAUAUGUUUCUUCUGGCUGUUCUGUUUGUUUUAUUUAUAUGUUUAUUUAUUUUACGGUUAUAUUUAGUUGAGAAAAGUGGACCUAAAUGUAGACCUGGAGAAAAAGGCUCAGUGUCUGUGCUCGUCGUUGCAGGUUCAGGUGGUCACACGACAGAGAUCCUGCGUCUGAUGGGAAGCCUGUCUGCAGCGUACACACCUCGACACUAUGUUAUCGCUGAGACAGACAAAAUGAGUGAGGAGAAAAUCUGCACGUUUGAAAACUGCAGAGCACAAAGAGACUCUGAGCCACAGUUCACCAUCUGUCGGAUUCCACGGAGCCGUGAGGUGCACCAGUCUUGGAGCUCAUCGGUGCUUAGCACACUGAAUGCCCUGUCUUACUCCUUCCCCCUGGUCUUCUCACUCAGACCUGACAUGAUCUUGUGUAACGGCCCAGGGACCUGUGUUCCUCCGUGUGUGGCAGGACUCCUGCUUGGAAUUCUGGGAAUGAAGAAGGUCCUGAUUGUUUACGUUGAAAGUAUUUGUCGAGUAGAGACGCUGUCACUGACAGGCCGGAUCCUGUACCUGAUAUCUGACUAUUUCUUUGUACAAUGGUCCAUGCUGAGGGACAGGUACCCACAAUCCAUCUUCGUUGGAAGAAUAGUAUGACGUGUCCUCUCACAAAGUGUCUAGAU